CCAGGAAUGGAGCCAAUACCCGGUCAGCUGGCAGCGGGACGAGAUUCCAGCUCUUCCCCAAAUUCCAAACAGGAACUGCAGCCUUACUCCAGCUCCACCUCCCUCAAGCCGAAUCAAGUCAGUGAGACUGCAUUAUACGGAGUGCCUAUAGUUUCCUUGGUGAUAGAUGGGCAAGAAAGGCUUUGUUUGGCUCAGAUAUCUAACACACUCUUGAAGCACUACAGCUAUAACGAGAUACACAACCGACGCGUUGCUCUUGGGAUCACUUGUGUGCAGUGCACCCCGGUUCAGCUCGAGAUCCUGAGAAGGGCGGGGGCGAUGCCCAUCUCGUCCAGACGCUGCGGGAUGAUAACCAAGCGCGAGGCAGAGAGGCUCUGUAAAUCCUUCCUCGGGGCCCACGCGCCACCGAAACUGCCCGAAAAUUUCGCCUUUGACGUCUCUCACGAGUGCGCGUGGGGAAGCAGGGGCAGUUUCAUUCCAGCUCGAUACAACAGCUCAAGAGCGAAAUGUAUCAAGUGCUCCUACUGUAAUAUGUAUUUUUCACCGAACAAAUUUAUCUUUCACUCCCAUCGUACACCUGAAUCUAAAUACACACAACCAGAUGCAGCGAACUUCAAUUCAUGGAGACGCCACCUGAAACUCACUGACAAGAGCUCGUCCGAUGACGUGAGUCACGCUUGGGAGGACGUGAAGGCCAUGUUUAAUGGCGGGAGCCGGAAAAGGACGAUGCCAUUGAGUGGGUCAGAAAUGUCCUCUUCUCUCAAGUCUCAUGCAGCCUCCAGCAACAUUACGCAAACGAGUUCAUCCGAGGUUCCGCACAAGACCUUACGCUGUGAAGACGACCGCGGUGCUCUCGGUUUGGCCAACAGCGUGCGCAACUACCCUGUCAUCCCCGUGCCCAGUAAAGGGUUUGGGGUACUACAAAAGAUCCCGCCACCAAUCUUUCCACAUCCCUAUGGAUUCCCUACAUUUGGAUUGUGUCAUAAGAAGGACGACGGUAUUGCAGACCAAAAUAAGACCAACGUUCCAGGUGUGUUUUGGCCAGGCGUAAAGGACAAUAUUUACCCAUCUUUCCCUAUGUUUUGGCCCACGGCAGGCGGCCUACCAAUGUCAUAUCCACAACCACAGCCCAAACCGCAUACAGAUAUCAUUUCCACGCGACAAAGUGAGUCCGAACUCUCUGACCAAAAUGACCGAGGAUCCAUCACACCCAAAGACAGCCUCUUUGAUAGUGAGCGCUGCUCAAGUUCUCAGUCCACGAGAAACGAGGAGGAAAAGUCUGGGGACGAAGCCAGGUCAACGGAGGGGCAUCCCAGCACGCCUCGAAAGGUGAGCUACAUAUCUGCUUUCAGGCCAGUUGUGAAAGACUCUGAGAGCAUCGCUAAACUGUACGGCAACAGGGAGGCAUAUACAGGGGUUCGUUCAGGUUACCUAUCACCUGACUUUGUCAGUGAAAGUUCCAGUUACCGCUCCAUCUCUCCAGACGUUGACAGUGGAGAAGACCCGGAUGUUGACGUGGAAUCGAAUAAAUUACCAGAAGAUGAAGAGUCAAUUCAACUUUCCGUUGAAGAUCAUCACAGUCCCCAGGGGCGGAUCUCGUCUCAGGCCAAUCCCGAUGAAAGUGAAGAUUCGGAGACUCGACCAACACAGCAACCGGAUGAUCCCCAGAGAGUUUUGUUCAGCGAGGCGGGGUCAUCGGAUGACGAGCGGCUGAGCAAGCACGUGCCAGAGAGUAAAGAUGCUGCAGUGUACGAAGUGUAUGCCCAUGAAAAGGACGGACACCUGGUCUCGUCUACAGCAUCUAAUUUAGUAUCCAAAUUUCCCCAGAGUCCGCGGGAGACCAUCGAUUCAAUUAAGCAAAGCGUCAUUCCAACGGAGGACGAAUCUGAUUUGCAGAAAACCUACGAUGUAUCCAAAGACAGCUCGAGUGACGAGGCGAUGCGCGAUGAGGUACCCAGAACUGGAAAAGGCAUCGAAAAUAUGGCGAAAGAGGAGCUUCAAAAACAGCUGGUGGAGCAAGUGGAACUCAGGAAGAAGCUAGAGCGAGAAUUUCAAAAUUUAAAAGAUAAUUAUCAGGAUCAGAUGAAGAGAGAGCUGUCAUAUCGGGAGGAGAUGGUACAACAGCUGCAAAUUGUUCGAGACACUUUGUGCAACGAGUUGGACCAAGAGAGAAAAGCUCGUUAUGCAAUUCAACAGAAGCUGAAAGAAGCUCAUGAUGCUCUUCACCACUUCUCAUGCAAGAUGCUGACCCCUCGUCACUGCGCUGGGACCUGCACAUUCAAGCCUCCCAUCCUGCCACCCUAACUCUUCAGUCAGACUCCUACACACACACCGCCGGACACCUAACACAGGUGGAAGCCUUUCCUGCACAGCAAUCCUACUACCCAAGGACUACUUCUAAAUAAACUGUCCACGGAUGCAAUAGACCGUGAAUGACAUGGACACGAUACUUCUCAUUUGAGAGGGUGUUUUUUUUUUUUUUUUUUUCACUUAGUUGAACACUUGCAUCAAAAGAGUAGUGCAAAUACAAGCCUAUCAUUCCUUAUGUCAUAUGGGUCAUCCUUACUCCUGUGGAAAGACCCGGAAAACACCAUGCCCAAUUCAGACCAUUACUGCUUAGGAUGUGGCAAUGUGCAAUGAAAUUUGUUGUGACAUUUUAUUGUUAAUAUGAAAAUAAUACUUAAGCAUUAUUCAUGUCUUUUUAUGUAUUUAUUUAUUUUUGUGGUUCUUAAGAUACAGUGCUGUUUAAUAUCCCCUCCUAAGUUUAUAUUAUGAAUUACCAUGCACUUUAACAAAAAAAAAUAACGAAAACAUUGACCCAGUAUGUACUAUUCUGUUUGGUUCUGUUUCGGGGAGAGCGAGACUAGACUGUAUCAAACCCAGCUCCCUCUUGCAAACGAGGAUUAUACCAGCACUUAUUACACAAUAGAAAAUUACAUUUAAAAUUUAGGUUGGCCGUAAUGCUUUUAUCUCACGCCGUAUAAAUGUGCAGUGCUUUUUGUGAGCUAUAUUCAAAAACACAUCAAACCUCUUGCCUCACUAUGUAGCUGAGGAGAAAACACAGAUCGCAGAUUUAGCAAGAUGUGCAGUUGUUCCCUUCAUAAAUAUGUUCUUUGAUAUGUUUUAAAAAAAACAAUUGCACUGCACUAAAUUUUUGUCAUCUUUACACUCCAUAGUAGACCAUUGCUUGUCUAGAUACAUAAAAACAUCUGUUCUAUGAUUGAUAUGCAGUGCAAAUCCUAGGUAUUGGAGCACAAUUCCACAUCACCAUUUGACUGCCAAACGUGGGAGAUAUAAUUAAGUGCUACUCUUUGAUCUGACAAUACCUGUUAUCCCAAAAGUUUAUUACCUUUGUGGGAAAAAGGUAAUAAUUCUCCACUUCAGUAGAGGGGAAACGUUUUUGUUGCAUGAACAGGCAGUCCACUGUUAUUUGUUAAGGUAUGUUUAUGUUC